AUUGCAUAUUCCAAUUAAAAUAGAAGCUGGACUAUUGAUAAAAUUAAGGAAUAAUAAAGGUAUCAUUAACCAAGGUAGUCUAAGCUAGAAUACAGAACUUCUCAAAUGCUGAUUCUAUCAUAUUGUCUCCAGUUUAAAGCCUAUUACCGCCCACGUCCUGCCUCCCACUCUUGACUUCACCCCCUCCCCUUUACACUCCGGGGGUAGUCAGGAGCCUCACUGCGACAGGGAAAGGUUGUAAGAGACCAGAUAAGCCACUCUGGGAAUGGGACCACAAAUUAGAAACAAGAAGAUCUUUGCCUUCUUUCGGGUAUUGCCACUUCGAAGACAUCUUUUCAUCCAAAGGGAAUAAACCUUUCAGUUGAGCAGAAGAAGAGACAGGUGAAAGACAGUCACAAAUGGGAUAAAGUUUUGUCCCUUUUGCCAAAUAGGCAUGAACGCACUGUUUUUACAUUUUUUUUUAAAAUUGGAGGUUUAAGAGCAGAGACACUGACUUUUGAAGGCAUUUAUGACAUGCUUUAAACUGAGGUGUGGAGAUCCCGCAGUCCACACAGGCUUUAUCCUAGAAUAAAGCAACGGAAGUCUUUUGUUAGAAAGGCUGUGAUUUCUAAAGGUGCGUCUCUGGGGCCCUGGUGUAUGGCGCUAAAAGGUGUCGGAGUAGGCAGAGAGGUUUAUUGGUGUCCAUCCGAGUUACAAUGGCAAAGUGGUUUAAGGAGUUCCCCAUCAAUCUGAAGAAUGGUACCGACAGGAUCCGCUCAGCCUCCGAAUCUGGCUCACAAACAAGAGCCACGAAAUCCGGGCUGGUGGUCAGCAUUGGUACCAAAGCAUCAGGCUCCAAAACGGGCAAUCGCAAAAACUCCUCUGCUGACAGCACAAGCGGAGGAGGUGGAGGAGUUGGAUCGCUCCUGUCUGGAAGAAAUCGAAAGAACUCAGCCACGGAGUUGAGCAGAAAUGGUGUGAGCUCUCCGAAAGAUGGAAAAGUUUGGGACAACCUCCUGUCUGGAAAAAGUCGCAAGAACUCCAAAGCGGAUCCGGUGUUUGAGGAGCAGCACCGACCUCUGAAAAGUUCCCCAUCUGCCAACGCUUACAUCAACAGGCUGAUCAGAGUGGACAAACAGGACAAAAGCCCCAACUUCAACAGCGGCACAAUCACCAAUCAAGUGGUACCAGAACCAGAGAAACCAGUCCAGAGCAAAACAGAAACGGUGAUCAUCCUUGAAGAUUACGCAGAUCCCUUUGAUGCUCAAAAGACCAGAGAGCAAAGGGAGGCUGAGAGGGUUGGGGAGAACGACGGUUACAUGGAGCCUUACGAUGCCCAGCAGAUGAUUACUGAGAUUAGACGUCGGGGGUCCAAGGACCUGCUGAAGGUGUGUGCACUGCUGGAGGUGGGUGAGGGAACAAUGGAGGAAGGUCCGCCUGUGCCCCCGCAGAUAUACGACGUCCCGUAUGAGGGGGGCAGCGACAGCGACAAGAAGGCGGUCACACGACCCGAGCUGGAUCCUCGUCCCUCUACUGAGUACGAGCUGCCCUGGGAGUGGAAGAAAGAGCAUAUUAUCAGAACUCUGUCAGCACAGUUUGACAGCCCUGAACGCCCAGCCCAAGAUAACACACCUCACCCCACGCUCACCAGACAGCCCCAACAUCUGCCAGCCCAGCCCCAACAGCAUCAGCAUCUGAGGCAGAAAAGCUGGACCCAGAAGAUCCUGAGAUCCUCUCUGCCGACCCUGCUGCCAUCCACCACUGCCGGCAGCAACCCUGAACCCGAGGCCUGCUGUGUUGACCCCUCCCUGCCCCUGGAAAAGCAGAGCUGGUACCACGGCUGUGUCACCCGUCAGGAGGCGGAGUUUCAGCUGCAGGCCUGCAAAGAGGCCAGCUUCCUGGUCAGGAACAGCGAGUCGGACAACAGCAAGUACUCCAUCGCCCUCAAGACAAGCCAAGGCUGCGUUCAUAUCAUUGUCGCCCAGACCAAAGAAAACGGCUACACCCUGGACCAGAGCAGCUGUGUGUUCCCCAGCAUCCCAGAGGUGGUGCACCACUACUGCACUCAGCGUCUGCCUUUCAACGGCGCCGAGCACAUGACUCUACUGCACCCAGUACCUCGCAUCCACUGACUUCACUCCAGCCCAGCUUAGGUAUACAAAACAAACACACCCCUGGGCCAGCAUGGACAAAAUGUUUCCAAAAAUCACCUCACCUCCCAUCAAUGUGUACAUCUACUGCUCUGCCCUUUUCAGCAAGUCUUAUUUCAGGACUUUAGACCCCUACUUUGUUUUAUUUUCCUGACUUUUAAUUGAUCACCAGGAAGUAUGUGCAGCUCACUCUGUGUCUAGAAACCCCGGAUGUCUUCUUGUGUCUUUGUUUUACUUUGAUGUGCAGCUGAUGCAAACAUCUGAGCUGCUGUUUUGCAUGUCAAGCAAGGAAGAAGCACAGCACAGACGAUGAGGCACUUUUAAUGAUUAAAUGCGACUUUCAGGCUCAAAUGCAGAUGUGAUGUUUUAAUUAUCCAGUGUGGCUCAAGCAGAAGCUACACGUGACACUUGUUGUUAGCUGUACUAAGUGGAAUUUACUCUGAAGUGGAAAGUUUCUCUGUCAUGGUGUGGGACUCAUUUGUUUAUGGCUCUCUUUCUACCUCUGGUGGAUGUGCUGGUACACUGCACCAACAUGCCAACACAAACAUUUUCUCUCUUUCCUCAAAAUCGAUGGUUAGUAAAAUCCAUACAGAGGGCAUAUCAUUCAAUUUAUCCAGAUAUUAACAAAGACCAGCUAUUUUAAGUUUAUGCUGGCAAAAUAUUUAUAAUUUAUGUUCUGUUAUUCGUCAGUUGUGUGUAACCUCUGUCCCUUGAGGAUUUCCUCUGUUUUACUGUGAAUGAGGGCGUUGUUUCUGCUGUAUUAUGUGCACUGUGAAGAGUGAGUGAUUCACCCUGAUACAAUGUGCUUGAAGGACCACUGGUUUUCAGUAGUUAGUGCUUUUUAUGAUAAGAACUGAGACAGCAUUUGAGCUUUGGUUUUUAGCUAAACGAGCCUGUCCGUUCUGACUAGCAACAGACCUGCACAUUUUUGGAAUUUAUGAAAAGAAAAUAUUGUACAGUGAGUGUUUUCUGGCAAACUUUAGGUCUCCAAUGGGGAUCAUUAUCAGAUUUAAGUUCAAGAAAUGAAUGGCAAAGUACUAGAAAAAAACUCAAAAUAUCAGCAUUAAAUAUGUCAGGCUUGUCAUAACAUCUCUCUCUUUUUAAUGUUUGGCUAUGAUAGGUGUAGGCUACAAAAACAAGUAGUUUUUUUAAGGAAAACACCACGGUUUGGGUAAAAAGUACAUCCUUUCACCUUCUUAGAGAGGUGUUUCAAAGACCUUUCUGGAAGACAGCCUUGAAUGCUAACAUCUCGCAUGUGCCGGUGCCCCCUGGUGCUAAAAGGCAGAACACACUCAUAAAACUAACAAUGACUAACUAUUUUAAUGACAAGUAACCUUUCUAUCUUAUUUUAUUGCAUACGUUCAGUGGAAAGUGUGACAUUUAGUGCAAAUGUUUUUUUUUGUUUUUUUUUGUCAUGUUGAGACAAUAUGUGAUCAAAUCAAAUUCGUACAAACUUAUACAUAAACCUUAUGUGUUCAUUCUGUUAUUGCUAAUGAGAUUAUUAUUAAUUAUACAUAUAAUUAAUUAAUUAAUUAUACCUUAAAGUUAGUUAUACCUAAAAGUUAUUUCAAAUUACUUAUACUGUCUCUUGUGACAAAUCACACUCAGGUUAUUUCAUUUAAACACACUGACUCAAUGUGAUGGAAAAGAACAUUGAACGUGAAAGAACAUAAAACAUUAACAUGUGACUGUUUUUGCUAAACUUAAUAAAAUUAGAUGGAAAUUUUACAUGUAAUUAAAAUACUUACCUUUCGUGUUUUAUGAGUAUUUAUUUUUUGAGUGGUAACUGUAUGAUAUUCACCAAAGUCUUAUUUUUUUGUGUACUUUGAUUGUAAUCCAAACAUCCCACAUAUUACGUGUGUUCUUAAUUUAGGGACACGCUGGAAAUCAUUUGGACAACUCUGAUCACAAUAACAUAUGAUAUAACCAAGGUUAAAGUUUGUCUUAUGUUUUAUUUUUAUUUUUAAUUUCUGCCAGUUUCGAUGUCUCUUCAUAGCUUUAAAGAAAGUCCAGUUUGUGCUUUUUGGCAGAGCAGUGAAGCAGUAAUUAUACGUGGAGACAUACCUGCUAUACAUUUUCACCUUUUGUCUUUUGGCAUGUGGAGACCUGUUGUUUAAACUUUGUCAAACAGAUUAAAGCGAAAGGUCCUGAAUCUCAA